CAAACGAGUGUUCCUUUCAGUUAUAGUUGAUGUACUGAUUUAACUACAUCCCGGGUAGGACGUUUGUUGAGUGGUGAGGGUUGGCGAAUGAUUGGGUUCGGAUUUGCGGUUGAAAUGCAAAAUCAAGAGUGCAUACAUUAGUGAAGAUAGGGUGGCUGGUUAAACGCAUACAAGUUAGUAAUAAUUUCUGGACGAUGUUACCUGAUAAUCCAAAUUCAACCAGUUCAAACUAACAACUAUUAUUACUCCUGAAACAUUCUUUUCUACAUCAUUAUCAAUUUGAUGCAAAACAUUUUGAGGAAUCUUCAGCUUGAACAUUGGAAAUCUGGAACCAGUCUAAUAAUUUCGAAUAUAGGUAAAAACAGAUCAGUCGGUAAUUUGAAACCAAACGACAAAAGUGCAAUUUUCGUUUCCAGUCUUCUGAACUGUCUGUUUGAAUGAAAAGUGCACCUACAUGCUGAUUCGAUUAUUGUUUUGCAAUAAGAAACGGCAGUCUCGACUAGUAAUAACCCUACAUACCAGUGAAGCCUCUAAGUUUCUGUGUUCAUUAUUUCAUCAUUCGGUUUGGAACUAAAAUUGAAUGCCUCGAGCAAUUAUUGUGAACUCUAGUCGUGCUCGUGAUAACAGUUUAUUUCUGUGUCAACUAACGAUGCUGAAUACUUUUUGGAUGAUUUCGAAAACAUACUAGGAUUACCAGUGAAACACCAUCGGUACCAAGUUUAUUAAGCUGAAACAGUUUUAGAGCAGGCUUAGCGAAUUUUAACAUCAAUCGCCAAAAUAACCUGACGGCAUCAUGACAAUCAAUACAGAUGAUCACCAGUAUGCUGAAAAUGAUGGCAAACAUUACAAUGUAACGAGACGUUACAGUUCGAAUAGUUGCAUGGAUGCUGAUGAAGCUCUUCACAGCAACGAUCGGUCUACAUUAAUUCAGGUGUGGAAACCGAAAAACUAUGGCGCGGUUAAAGGUCAAAUCCCGCAACAUGAACGACUUACAUACACUUGGAAAGAGAUCGACGUAUUUGGAGAAAUGCCAGGUGAUACAAAAAAAGAUUCAGUUUGUGGUCGUUUAUGCUCUUGCCUUUCACGCCAGAAAAAGGACUUUAAUCCGCGCCGACAUCUUUUAAAGAACGUUACAGGAUAUGCGAAGAGCGGUGAGCUGUUGGCUGUGAUGGGAAGCUCUGGUGCUGGAAAGACCACUUUGCUUAAUGCACUGGCAUUUCGUUCCCCACCUGGAGUCAAGGUUUCUUCGACUUCUAUCAGAGCUCUGAACGGGAUUCCAGUAAAUGCGGAACAGCUAAGAGCUCGUUGCGCAUAUGUACAGCAGGAUGAUUUAUUCAUAGCAGCUCUAACUACCAAAGAACAUCUCAUUUUUCAAGCGAUGCUGCGUAUGGGUAAAGAUGUUCCAAAGAGCGUGAAACUAAAUCGGGUGAAUGAGGUUCUUCAAGAGUUAUCUCUGAUAAAAUGUGCCGACACAAUCAUUGGGGCUCCAGGCCGAAUGAAAGGCCUUUCUGGUGGUGAACGGAAACGCUUGGCUUUUGCUUCGGAAACUCUUACAGAUCCUCAUUUGCUACUUUGCGAUGAGCCAACGUCCGGGCUAGAUUCGUUUAUGGCUCAUAGCGUGUUGCAAGUUUUAAAAGGAAUGACCGUGAAAGGGAAAACUAUCAUACUAACUAUACAUCAACCAUCAUCGGAAUUGUAUUGCUUGUUUGAUAAGGUUCUGCUAAUGGCAGAAGGGCGUGUAGCUUUCCUAGGAUCACCUUAUCAGGCUGCAGAAUUUUUUUCACAACUCGGCAUUCCUUGUCCACCGAACUAUAAUCCAGCGGAUUUUUACGUACAAAUGCUAGCGAUUGCACCGAACAAAGAAUUGGAAUGUCGUGAUACAAUUAAAAAAAUCUGUGAUUCCUUCGCCGUUAGUACAAUGGCACGGGAUGUAAUGGAGAUAGCAACCGCUGAAAAAGACGUUGAUGAGUUCUUUUUACAGCCUGUGAAUGGGGCUAGCAGAACUGGUUAUCGAUCCAACUGGUGGACGCAAUUCUACUACGUUCUGUGGCGUUCCUGGUUGACGGUAUUGAAGGAUCCAAUGUUAGUGAAAGUACGCUUGCUUCAAACUGCAAUGGUUGCCAUUUUAAUCGGUUCAAUUUACUUUGGACAGAAGUUAGAUCAGGAUGGAGUAAUGAACAUCAAUGGCUCGCUUUUUCUUUUUCUAACCAAUAUGACAUUCCAAAAUGUAUUUGCGGUCAUCAAUGUAUUCUCAGCUGAGCUACCGGUGUUUCUACGUGAGAAACGUUCGCGGCUGUUUAGAGUGGAUACUUACUUUCUAGGAAAAACGAUUGCCGAGGUUCCGCUUUUUAUAGCUGUGCCAUUUGUGUUCACUUCCAUUACUUAUCCAAUGAUAGGUCUACGAGCUGGCACGGAGCACUACUUCACCGCUCUGUUCAUUGUAACAUUAGUUGCAAACGUGGCGACAUCUUUUGGUUAUUUUAUAUCGUGUGCAAGUUCUUCGGUUUCUAUGGCUCUCUCUAUUGGCCCACCGGUGAUAAUUCCAUUUCUGAUAUUUGGAGGUUUCUUUCUCAAUUCUGCGUCUGUUCCUGCUUACUUUGAAUACUUAUCGUUUUUAUCUUGGUUUCGAUACGCCAACGAAGCUUUACUUAUCAAUCAGUGGAGCAAUGUGCAAGAAGGUGAAAUAGCUUGUACUCGACUGAACGUAACAUGUCCCAGCUCCGGGGAAAUAAUUCUCGAAACAUUCAACUUCAGAGAGGAAAAUUUUAGCUUCGAUGUGGUGUGCUUAUGCAUUCUGAUAGCAUUAUUCCGCCUAGGAGCCUUAUUUUGCCUUUGGCUUCGAUCGAGAAGUAAGGAAUAAUUUAUAGCACUGCCACUCUCGCAAACUAGGAAAUAUAAUUCCAUGUUAUAGUAAAAGAUUGUCAUCCAUAGUUUAGUCAUCUGUAAUUACUUAAACGAGUAAACCCAGUGUAAUACAACAUCGUGCCGCAGUAGCCAAUUUUUUUCUCAUUUUUAUUGUAAUAAAAAAAUCGAAUAAA